AUGGUCAUCACUAAUUCACUUCACGACUUGAGUCCACCGGGGAUUUGCGCAGACUCCUUUCAGAUCAGCGACCGUGGCGAGGUCGGGUUUCUUGGAAUCGCUGUCCGGUUUCGACAUGGCUCGUGCUGGAAGCUCAACCGGGCCGUGUCCGAAGUCAAGUAUCAACACGGCGAGCCACCAUACGAAGCUAGGCAAGUAUUCGAGGCUGUCUGCGUCGAGGAUCCCAAGGGCUUGCACAACAAUGCACAAGAGGCCAUGGUCAAAGUGAAGUACCAAGUCAAAGCAACCACUGAGUCGCUAGCGGUCAUCGACGAGCACCAGAGCUACUACUGCGAACAGUUGUCGGAGGAUGAUACAGCUGAAACCCACCAGUGCAUGCAUGAUAGCAUCCAGUACUUCGAGGCUUUGCGAUGCAUUGCUACAAACCCCGUCGAGAAACCACAUGAGUACACCCUCAACGAGGUCCAGGCCUUGCGCAAGCUCGGAGAUAAACAGUGCACACACACCCCGCAUCUCCUUGGAGUGGUCGGCGACUGGCUUCCGUCUGGAUUGGAUGAGCAGGGUAUGGAAAACGGGUUCGUAGUCUUCAUCUUGAUGACAAAGGUAUCUGGAGAGCCCUUGACAUACGAGAAGAUGCAGAGCAAGACAUGUAAAGAGAGGGAUAUUGUACGAGCGGCGCUCAAGAAAGCAGCGAUCGGAGCAAACAUGCUAACAUUCAUAAGGGCUCUGUUGAAGCUUGGCUUCAGCUUGCACGACCGCGGAAUGCGAAAUAUCAUGUGGGAUGAAGAGAACAAGAAGUGCUGCAUUGUCGACUUCGAGAACUAUGUCGACGUGAAGAAGAACGUGGAGGAAUGGUGGGAUGAUGACAAUGACUAUCGCAGGUGGGAAUUGGAUGAGCCGCGUAGCACCAUCGCAGUCGGCACAAGCGAAGCCGUACACAGGCAGCGCUUACUGGACGAGGAAGCCGAAGCCGAAGAGCGCCAGGAAGAGUUCUACUUAGAUGUCUUUUGCGAUGCGCAAUCGAGGAAGAAAGAUGAAGUACAUGACGCAAUCGUAGUAUUGAAGGACGGCAAGGUCUGCUUAUGGCCCAAAGACCCCAAGACCAAACUCCCGGCUCCCGAUCCAGAAAACGACGGAAACGCACCCCAUCCUCUCACAGGCUUUUAUCUGCCCUUUCCCGCCGAAGACCUCCCGCACAAACCCAUACCCUACACACCCACGCUUGGCCUCGUCAGCACCAUCCCGUCCACCCCGGAUUCUAAAUCUGCAAAACCCAAACUGAAUUGGAUCUACGCCGACCGCAAGACCCGGGAACUCAAAUACGGCCCUCGCGCGGAAGCGAAGAAGCACGUAGUCGGCUCAUGGGACUGGACGGAGGACGAGCAGGGCUUGACGCUCGAUGACGAGGAGUGUCUCGUUGCAGUGGAGGAGGAGAGCGGGGGGUAUGGGUGGGCGGUGUAUUGGGACAAGGACGAUGAUGCGCUCAAGGGGUGUGGGAUUGGGCAGGAGAAGAGGGUGUUGAGAUGUAGUCUUGAACGACGGCUGGUGGAGGAGAAGAGAUUGAAGGGGUUGAAUGAAGAUUGA